GACGAAAACCGCCAAGCCGCAAGUUCUCUGCAUUCUGGCCAUCAUUGCGCAGCGUGGGUGCUGCUCAAUGGCAGGGGCUGUAGCUAGGGCGCCCAGCCAAACAGCCGGCAUCCUUCGUGACGGCUAUUGGGGGCAAGUGAAAGGGAGCGCAGCCAUCUGCAUCGAGAAGGCCAACUCCUUUCGUGGAUGCGUUGACUUUUGACAAUCCCUGCUGCUACUUGUAGAGCGAUUAGAGCUCAAGGAAAGAAAAUUGCCUGACACAAGCAAGAAGUCUGCUUGUUUCUGCAUUUGGAAGUAAGCAUGCAUCUGGCUGGUUACCAACCUUAUUCAACCUUUGAUGACCUGCAUACCUACGACAAGUGCUUAGCAUCGAGAGAUAUCUUAGCAGACACUGGUGCUCUGAUCAUCUAUUUCUGAUGGCAGGGUGACUCUAGAAGUACCGCACAGUGCUGAGCCUGAGGCAUCCUGGCCUAGGCAAACCGAUCUGUCUUUGCUAUUCCGCUUUUGAAUCUCAAAGCAGGUCUGAAGCAGGUGCAUGAAUAAGAGAAGACCCAGGCCAGGAUCUGUCAGCUCACGGUAGCUUUACUCUAAAGUCAAUCCCCUCGACAGGGUUCAGUGUCCUGUCUGAAAGGGUCUUGAAAGCCAGCCAGGGGGACGUACAUUCUUUCUUGGACAGUCAGGGGGUUGCCUGAACCUUCUUAUAGAGAGGGCUCUAUGGCAACCCUUGGGGACUACAUCAGAGAUUGUGGCAUUCCCGGUGGCAAGCAGGACGAAGAGAUGGAGGACAAAGUGCCCAACUGCUCAAUUUGCCUGGAACCUGUGGUCCAGGGCGCGUCGCGCUCAACGGCCCAGCUGGCGUGCAGCCAUCACUUCCAUCUAGAUUGCAUCGGGUCUGCCUUCAAUGCUAAGGGCGCCAUGGAGUGCCCAAACUGCCGGCGCGUGGAAGAAGGCAACUGGCUGAUGCUGGGGGGGAGCCAGAGCACGGACGAUGCAAUCUACGACGUGCCAUACGAUUUUGACGAUGAUGAGUACCUGGGCUUGCCGGUCGACGCCCUUGACAACGAAAUGCGGGAGUAUAUGGAGGCCGGUAGGGACGUCAGUUACACGACCCAUCCGUACCACCCCCCGGGGGUCAUCUGCGAGUUCUGCGAGCAGCACUACUGCGACGACAACCCGUGCCCCCACAUUAUCCAGUGCCCCUACUUCUUCAGCAACAUCAGCCAAGCGGGCAAUACAGAGAACCCGUACAGCUCAAGCGUAUCUUCAAUGGAAGCGGAAGCAUACGCUGAGGCCGUAGCAGAGCUCUACCACGAGUACCGCGGCCCAUCUCCGUUCUCCGGCCCCCCCUCCACCACGCCCCGUCAGGCCCCCCCCGAAAUGCACGCCUCGUCCUCCUCCACCGACUCCAACUACGUCUACUACUUCUCUGCGGCACCAGGCACCUGGCAGGGGGCCGCUUCGUGGGGCGAAACAGCCCCCCCGCCAACGGGCUGGGGGUCCGGCUGGACCCAGGAGCGAAGGCAAGAGACGGCGCACACCACGACGUUCGUCCAAUCAUCGACCAUGAUCACGACGUAUGGGCCCCAAACCACUCCCGCGCCUACGUCAUUCCCCCCGCCCCCGACGCUUCCCCCCCGAACCCCUCACGUUUUCGCCCCACCCCCCCACCCCGCCCCCCCCCCGAGCAGUCGGCACCAUUCGCAUUCACACUCGUUUCCGGAGGCCCCUCCACCCCGCGUGCCUACAAACCCCUACUCCAGCCUUCGCUUCGCCCCUGAGAGCACCUCCGCAAGAACCCGAGAGGAUUUCCACACCAACUCGCCGGCAGCCCCUACCGGGCGCCCCACUUACGCCGGUGUGGUCGGCCGCCGCCAGCAGUUGCCGGCGCCCCCGCGCCGCGGCGGUGUGAAUACGCCCCAGGAGAGGCCCGGGGCCCAGCCCUGGAGGCCGGUUUCGGAUAUUCGCACCACCUCGGCCGGGGGCGCGUCUGGCCGGCACUCGAGUCUGCCGCCGUACCAUCCUCCGCUCAGCAGCAGUCAAGCGGGGCCGAACAUGGUGUGCCCGUAUAUGUCGGGCGCGAGCGCCGUGAGGCCCGCACAGGGCCUUGCUGCGCCCCGGUACUACCCAUUCUCGCACGGGGCUCAGGGGGACGCUGGCCGGCUGGCGUCUCAGCAGGGCCUCUCCUCGAGCGGGCAGCCGGAGGCGGUGCAAAACUUUGGGGAGUUUGAGAGUAGGCGAGCAACUAGAGCGGGGCAGCCGACGGGGGGGGAGGAAGCGCAGGGGCCGGAGGGGCUGCUGGCGAACCUGGAGCUGAAUGACGGGAUGUGGCUGCAAGACAGAAGGAAUAACAUGUUCCUAUGCUCCUUUUGCAUGGAUCCCGCGCUUCCUCGUUUCCAAAAUGAACGGCGCUUCGUGAAUCGGGAUGCGCUGUCCCAACACAUGCGCGCAGUGCACGGGGUGCACCUAGAUCGCUUUAGCAUGCGGAGCUGAUUCUUUUGCAUGAGAAGUAGUGUGUUACGACUCGAAACAACUGUACAUACCGCUUGAAGCUAUGACCCAUUUUUCUACUGCAUCACAUCUCGUGAUGGCAUUCUAGAAGCUGAAUAGGGCAUUGGAUUAUGGGCACUUGCUUAUCCUUGUACUUACUUCAGUCAAACUUGGCUACAGGGUUCAAUGAUGUUCAUGAUCGAUUCUGCAAUGUCAAUUUGCCG